AAAAUGCACUAGUUCCGACCCUGACCUUUUGGGUUAAGCCUAUGCGCCUCCAUCAUCUUCUUCUUCAUCGUCUAGGGUUUCUAGGGUUUUCAGAGCCGCCACACUCGUCUAUACAUAGCGUUUUUAGGGUUUUCGGAGCUGGAUCCACUUUCCUUCCUCAGAAGAAUCUCCAUGCGCCGCUGGUUUAGCGGCUUCGUUGAUUAGACGGAGCCUCUCUCUCUCUUACCCUCUCUCUCGUCGGCCAGCCUUUCAAAGUUCCGAUUUUCGAUCGUUAGGGUUUCAUUUUCUCAAUACCUUGUAUGAGUUCUUGCUGUGUAUGGUGUAACGAUAAGGUUCGAUUAGGGCAAGGUUGAUAGUUUUUGCUAUAUAUAUAUAUAUAUCGGUGUGUAGGUUUCGGGGGUGGAAGGGUUGAGAUUUGAAUGGCAUUGGGAGAUUUGAUGGCGUCUCGAUUUUCGCAAUCAUCGGCGGCUGUUUCGAAUCACUUGGACGAGUGCUCGAAUGCUGAAGACGUGGAUUUGGUUGGGCAAAGAAGGGAUAGGGAUCCCGACGCUGCGAGCAGUAGUUAUGGCAAUGGUGCUACCACUUCCACUGCUACCAGCAUGGCUUAUUUGCCACAGACUAUCGUUUUUUGUGACUUUCGACAUGAAGAUUUCGAGGAUUGUGUUCCAUCUGGUCCGUCUGAUAGUGGGUUGGUCUCGAAAUGGCGGCCGAAGGACCGAAUGAAAACAGGAUGUGUUGCACUUGUUCUCUGUUUAAACAUUAGCGUUGAUCCACCAGAUGUAAUUAAGAUAUCUCCUUGUGCCAGAAUGGAGUGCUGGAUAGAUCCAUUCUCUAUGGCCCCUCAAAAAGCACUUGAAACAAUUGGGAAAACAUUGAGUCUUCAGUAUGAGAGGUGGCAACCAAGGGCUCGCUACAAGAUCCAAUUAGAUCCCACCGUGGAAGAAGUGAAGAAACUUUGUACUACGUGUCGCAAAUAUGCCAAGUCUGAAAGAGUUUUGUUUCAUUACAAUGGACAUGGUGUGCCAAAGCCAACUGCUAAUGGUGAAAUUUGGCUAUUCAAUAAGAGUUAUACACAAUAUAUCCCGUUGCCAAUCAGUGACCUUGAUUCCUGGUUAAAGACACCAUCAAUAUAUGUUUUUGAUUGCUCUGCUGCGGGGAUGAUUGUCAACUCCUUCAUAGAGCUGCAGGAAUGUGGUACUUCUGGUUCCUCUGGAUCCUCCACGAGAGAUUGUAUUCUGCUUGCAGCCUGUGAAGCACAUCGAGAACUAUUUCUCAAGAGUGCUGAAUUUCCUGCUGACGUGUUUACUUCAGCCUACACCACGCCUAUCAAAAUGGCAUUGAGAUGGUUCUGCACUCGUUCAUUACUUCGUGAAUCUCUUGAUUAUUCGCUUAUAGAUAGAAUUCCUGGCCGCCAAAAUGACCGUAAAACACUUCUAGGGGAAUUGAACUGGAUUUUUACAGCAGUGACUGACACAAUUGCUUGGAAUGUUCUCCCACAUGAUCUUUUUCAGAGACUGUUCAGACAAGAUCUGUUAGUUGCGAGUCUAUUCCGAAACUUUUUACUUGCUGAGAGAAUAAUGCGUUCUGCAAAUUGUUCCCCGAUUUCAUAUCCUAUCUUGCCGCCGACCCAUCAGCACCAUAUGUGGGAUGCGUGGGACAUGGCUGCUGAAAUCUGCCUUUCCCAGCUUCCAACUUUGGUUGAGGAUCCUAAUUCAGAUUUCCAGUCAAGCCCUUUUUUCACAGAACAGUUAACAGCUUUUGAGGUGUGGCUUGAUCAUGGAUCUCAACAUAAGAAACCACCUGAGCAAUUGCCUAUUGUUCUUCAGGUUUUACUUAGUCAAUGCCAUCGGUUUCGCGCUUUGGUGCUUCUUGGAAGAUUCCUUGAUAUGGGGCCCUGGGCUGUAGAUCUGGCCUUGUCUGUUGGAAUAUUUCCGUAUGUGCUAAAGCUGUUGCAAACAAUUACUCCAGAACUACAGCAGAUUCUUGUGUUUAUAUGGACGAAGAUCCUUGCACUUGAUAAGUCAUGCCAGGUUGAUUUGGUGAAGGAUGGGGGGCACACAUACUUCAUAAGGUUUCUUGAUAGUGUUGAAGCAUAUCCGGAACAGCGUGCAAUGGCUGCAUUUGUUUUGGCUGUUAUUGUAGAUGGACACCGUCGGGGUCAGGAAGCCUGUAUUGAAGCUAAUUUGGUGCAUGUAUGCUUGAAGCAUCUUCAGAGUUCAACUCCAAAUGAUGGACAAGCUGAGCCCCUAUUUCUUCAGUGGCUUUGCCUCUGUCUGGGAAAGCUGUGGGAGGAUUAUACAGAGGCACAGAUAAUAGGUUUGCAGGCAGAUGCCCCAGCUAUAUAUGCACCUCUACUCUCUGAGCCCCAACCUGAGGUGAGGGCAUCGGCUGUUUUUGCACUGGGCACUUUGGUCGAUGUUGGAUUUGACUCAUCUAGAGAUGAUGUUGGUGGAGAUGAAGGCGUUGAUGAUGAUGAAAAAGUUAAAGCUGAGAUUUGUAUUGUUAAGAGCCUUCUAAGUGUUGUUUCUGAUGGAAGCCCACUUGUACGGGCAGAGGUUGCUGUAGCUCUGGCACGCUUUGCCUUUGGCCACAACAAGCACUUGAAGUCAAUUGCUGCAGCAUAUUGGAAACCUCAGUCGAACUCUAUGCUUAGUUCCUUGCCUUCUUUGGCCAUCAAGGGUACAGGAAGUGGUUACACUACUCCAACGCAAUACAUGGGUCCUCUGUUGAGAGUUGGUGGAGAAAACCAAUCAGCAGUCAGAGAUGGGAGGGUCUCCACCAGUAGCCCCCUGGCUACUUCUGGAAUAAUGCAUGGAUCUCCACCGUCUGAUGAUUCAUCCCAACAUUCUGAUUCUGGCAUACUCAAUGACUGCAUGAGCAAUGGGCUUGUAAACUAUACAAGGCCAAGACCUCUAGACAGUGCACUGUAUUCACAAUGUGUAUUGGCUAUGUUUACCUUGGCUAAGGAUCCAUCACCACGUAUAGCCAACCUUGGUCGCCGUGUACUAUCCAUUAUUGGGAUUGAACAAGUGGUGACGAAAUCUGUGAAGUCCACCAGCAGCAGUGUUCGGCCAGGUGAACCCACAAUUCCAUCUCCAAGUCUGGCUGGCCUAGCCCGCUCAUCUUCAUGGCUUGAUAUGAAUGGAGGACAUUUGCCCCUUACAUUUAGAACUCCUCCAGUUAGUCCUCCUCGACCGAGUUACUUGCGGAGAGUUUGUUCGCUAGAGUUUAGGCCAAACCUAAUGAAUACUCCAGACACUGGAUUAGCUGAUCCACUUUUGGGUUCUCAUGGAGCUUCUGGGGUUUCAGAGCGUAGUUUUCUUCCACAAUCAACUAUCUACAAUUGGAGUUGUGGUCACUUUUCAAAGCCACUGCUUACAGCAGUAGAUGAUGCUGAAGAAAUAUUGGCUACAAGAGAUAAGAGUGAAAAACAUGCUCUAGACCUCAUUGCAAAAUGCCAGCAUUCUUCUAUUAACAAAUGGCACAAUCCAAUUGCUAGUUGGGAUACAAAAUUUGAAACGGGUGCCAAAACAAUUUUGGUGCAACCCUUCUCUCCAGUCGUUAUUGCUGCAGAUGAGACUGAACGAAUCAGGAUAUGGGAUUAUGAGAAAACUACACUGCUUAACAGUUUUGACAAUCAUGACUAUUCUGGCAAAGGAAUAUCUAAACUGUGCCUCGUGAAUGAACUUGAUGACAGCUUGCUUCUUGUUGCCUCAUCUGAUGGGAAUAUUCGGGUGUGGAAAGAUUACACUUUAAAGGGUAAACAUAAACUUGUAACUGCAUUUUCUUCAAUCCAAGGUCAUAGACCUGGUGUACGCAGUGUGAAUGCUGUUGUGGAUUGGCAGCAGCAGUCUGGAAAUCUGUAUGCUUCUGGUGAAAUUUCAUCAAUUAUGGUAUGGGACCUGGAUAAAGAGCAGCUUGUUAGUUCUAUUCUGUCCUCGUCAGAUUGCAGCGUCUCAGCAUUGUCUGCUUCGCAAGUUCAUCCGAGUCAAUUUGCAGCUGGUUUUGCAGAUGGUUCAGUUAAAUUGUUCGACAUUCGAACUCCAGAUAUGCCUGUAUGCGCAAGACGGCCACACAAUCAGCCGGACGGGAGGAGAACAGAAAGAGUUGUGGGGGUCGGCUUUCAACCUGGACUUGAUUCUUCAAAGAUUGUCAGUGCAUGUCAAGCCGGUGACAUUCAGUUCCUCGAUAUCAGACAGAAGGAGGAUAUGUACUUGACCAUUAACGCUCACCGGGGCUCCCUCACAGCUCUAGCUGUUCAUCGACAUGCCCCUGUUAUUGCUAGUGGCUCGGCCAAACAGUUCAUCAAAAUCUUCAAUUUGGGGGGUUCUUUAUUAGGCAACAUAAGAUAUGCCCCAACGCUCAUGGGCCAGAAAAUAGGUUCUGUGAGCUGCCUCACCUUCCAUCCCUACCAUGUGCUCCUCGCUGCCGGUGCCGCCGAUGGUUGCGUCUCUAUCUACGCUGAUGAAAUGCCUCCCACAAUGUGAAUAGACAUUUUGAUUCUUGUCUUCGAAAGCUUUUCCAGUCCAGAGGCGUCGGAGAGGCACGGCAUUGCGUUGAAAAGUCAACAAUGCAACUCGGGUUUGCGGGAAAUAUAGGUGGGGCCCAGUGUUCCAAGUGUAUGGUAUAUAUUCUUUUUAGCCUCUUCCAUUGUUGAGGGUGUCAUACAAGUUGGGAAGAAAUCCAGCAUAUAUAUUCAUUGGAGGCUUUGGCAAAUAAUCUGAUGUUAGGUAAAAAUGUAAAUAUUUUCUUUCCUUUUUUUCUUUUAAUUCUCUCUCCCCUUGUUUUUCUGGUGUGCUCUAUUUUUUUACCCCCUCCAUACCUUUGUUCAAUUUGUAAAAGCAGCUAAUUCAUCAUUAUUAUAAUUUAUGUUUCUUUGAGAAGCAGAGUUUUGCUAUGGCUUCUUAAACUCUUC